AUGUUCCGCGCCACUAAAAUCUCUCAAAUUCUGGGUCGGAUCCCUCGUGGGAACUUCAACAUGGUGAGGUGAGAUCUUUUUGCUCUUUAUUUUUGUGUUUAGAGGGCUGGCCACCGAAGCCGAGUUCGAAUCUGCGCAGAAGAAAUUAAAUUCAUUGACCACGGAUGUCGGAAAUGAUGUCAAACUGAAGGUUUAUGGACUGUUCAAGCAAGCGACCACUGGAGAUGCCUCGGGCGAUCGUCCAAGUGCCAUCAACUUUGUGGCAAGAGCGAAAUAUGACGCCUGGAACGAAUACAAAGGUCUUUCGAAGGUAUGGGAUGUUCAAGGAUUGUAUCAUUUGUAGGAAGAAGCUCGAGGAAAGUAUGUGGCAUUGGUCAAUGAGUUGGCUAGUGCUGAGCCUGCGGCACCAGAGGUUGUGGAGCCCGGACAAGUUGCUGGUUUGAAGACUGGACCAGAUGGAAGUGUUUAUAACAUCAAGUUGAACAGACCCGAUAAAUUCAACGCCAUCACAACAGAGAUGUACACCGGAAUCAGAGAGGCUCUGAAAGCGAGUGACCAGGACAAGAACACCAAGAUCACAGUUAUUUCAGGUAUUAAGUAGUCUUUUUUUAAAUUAAUGUUACCUUAUUUUAGCCAAUGGACCCUAUUAUUGCGCUGGAAAUGAUCUGAAGUCUUUCCUUCAAGUCAAAUCCCCGGCCGACUUGAAGCCUGCGACAGAGGCUGCAGCUGAGUUCAUGAAAGAAUAUGUGGGAACCUUCAUCGACCAUCAAAAACCACUCAUCGCUCUAGUACAAGGUCCAGCUAUUGGAAUCGCCGUUACAACCCUUGCCCUAUGUGAUGUGGUUGUUUGUUCCGACAAAGCCACCUUCCAAACUCCGUUUACCGCUCUUGGCUACAGUCCAGAAGGCUGUUCAUCCUUUACUUUCCCUGCAAUUAUGGGAGUUUCCAAAGCCACGGAAAUGCUGUUAUUAGGAAAAACUCUGACCGCGCAAGAAGCCUAUGAUUGGGGACUGGUCUCCCGAGUCAUCCCGCAUAAUCAGUUUGCCGAAGAGACUGAACGUUUCCUCAAAGAAAUAACCGAAUUGCCAGCGGAGUCGUUGAGAAUCAACAAGACCAUGGUCAGGGAUGUGACUAGGGCUGCUCUUCACAAGGCCAAUGCGGAUGAAGCCAAACUGAUUGCCGAACGAUGGAGAGGGAAGGACUGUGCUGCCGCCUUCCAGAAGUUCAUGGCCAGAAAGAAGUAG